CUGUUAUCGCGCGAUUAUGUUCAUUUGCUUACGAAAAACUUGCGCAAAGUUAAAGGCAGCUUUCACAUUUUCAGGCAAAUAAGUAGACACGGAAAUGGUUGUAUAUUACAUAUGGUGGCUCUGCUUCAUCGAUUUCGCCACUAAAUUCGAACGAGAUGAGGUUGAGGACUUUUUCAAUGCGUCGUCGUGUUGCUAGGAUGGUGCUUAGGAAGAGUCGCUUCAAUAUACGAUAUAAGCAUAAGAAAAAUGGGACAAAAGAUUUGAAAGUCAAAUACGGACGAUUAAAGGCAGAUAUCGAAGAGAUUGGCAAGGAGCAAAAAAGCAUCAAAGAAGGACAAUCGCAGGUUCGAGAGAAAUUCAAGGCAAUUGAAAUGGAAUGUCAAAUGCUAAAGAAAGAAACUGAACUCAUCAUCCAGCGAAGUGCGCUUACACGUCUUCGUCUGGCUCUCCUGUUUCAUAUACUCAAGGCACGAGAAGAAGGCGAUUUCGCUAAGGCCGCUCAGCUCACUCAGUUGCUACGUGAAUUGAUAUCAAGGGAUAACAUUCAAUAGCCAGCAUGGAGGAACAGAUGAUUACCUGUUAAAGGUUCGCACCCCGCAGUGCGGAGUUAUUAAAAUUGGAAGUUGUUACAUUUCAUUAAGAACGAGUGUUAGGAAAAAGAUUGGAAAAGAGUGCAUUAAAUUUCUCUAUCUAAUUAGUUUUCUUCUAAAUUUAGAACUACACAUUGAUUGGAAAGAGCUGUUUCCAAUUAAUUGGGAUAUGUGAAGAACUCCCAUCUGCACCUUAAAAAAUUUAUAGCUAUCAAGCAAUUACCAAUUGUUUUCUUACUGAAUAGCUAAAGAUUGAGUUCCGAAUUUGAUCCAGGUCUUUCAGCUGGUUACCCUUUAUAU